CACCACUAUCAGUCUCGCUGCAAGCUUUGAAUCAGCUGGUGGUUACGAUUACCUCUUCGGGAGUCCCUAUAGGGCACUUUUGGCCUAGCAACAUUGUACCUAUUAUUGUCCAGCAAAUAAUAAUUGACGUUAUCAGCAGAAUUACCCAUUUCGGAAGGCUACACAUUCAUCCGCGGUGCAGACUGUCUAGAGACCCGUCAGGCUUAAAUAUACGAGUAUGAACCGGUGGUGAGAGAUGGCGACGAAUCCCAUUCACGGUGGCGCAUCAGCGGCAGAUCAGCAAGAGUUGAGCGAUGGCUCCGAGCAGGACUUCCGGGAACGACUACCGAACGUGUACUCGGUUAUGGUGCCGCAGCUUCGAACGGUUUGCAGCACAUCAACUGUAAGAAGGCGUUUCCACGUGCUGGAGUGGCUACCAAAAUACCGUGCAAACUACAUACUGUCGGACAUCAUCGCCGGAGUCACGGUAACCCUGACAGCCAUACCUCAGAGCAUAGCGUAUGGGAUCUUGGCGAAUCUACAGCCCCAGGAUGGGAUUUAUUCCAACCUGGUAGGAUGCUUCAUGUAUUUCCUGUUCGGAAGCGUCAAGGACGUCACAGUGGCGCCAACCUCAAUCAUGGCGAUCAUGAUACAAGGAGUUGUUGCGGAGCUGGGACCGGGCGCAGCACUGCUGACGCUGAUAGCCGGUUGCGUGACAUUUCUGUUCGGGUUGCUGAAUUUGGGGUUCUUGGUGCGCUUCAUUUCGAUGCCAGUGAUAACGGGGUUCACAACGGCUGCCUGCUUAACAAUCGGCAGCGCACAACUUCGAGCACUAUUCGGAAUCAGUAGCAAAGGAAAAAGCAGCGACUUCAUAGACGCCUGGGAAAAUGUGAUCCAACAUAUCGGCGAAACGCGACUAUGGGACGCUUUACUGGGAUUUAGCUCGAUUGCGUUCCUGGUGAUACUCCGACUAACCAAAGACUGCGGUCAGGGCCGCUGGAAGACAUUCUUCAUGUAUCUAUCGUUGCUGCGCAACGCUAUGGUCGUGGUCAUCGGCGCGGUCCUAGCAUAUGCAUUCUCGCUCAGCGGAACGCAGCCAUUUAUUUUGACAGGUCACGUGGAAGCGGGUCUUCCACCGUUCCAUGUCCCACCGCUAUCGGUAACAAAUAACGGAACAUACUACGGGUUUUCCGAUAUGAUCUCCGUGAUGGGAACUUCGAUCAUCACCAUCCCGUUGGUAUCCACGCUGGAGAUCAUCUCCAUCGGAAAGGCCUUCUCCAAAGAUAAGAUCGUGGAUGCCACGCAGGAAAUGAUCGCCCAGGGGAUGUGCAACAUAGCGGUAGCCUUUUUCUCACCCCUUCCCGUAGCGGGUUCUUUUACAAGAACCGCGAUCAACAACAGUAGCGGCGUUAAGACAUCCCUCGGGUGUGCCGUAACGACCGCAAUGCUCCUACUAGCUCUAGCAGUCUUGACGGAUGCUUUUUACUACAUUCCUAAAGCGACACUUGCAUCAGUGGUGAUUGCGGCAAUGAUCUUCAUGGUGGACUACCGAGGGAUGGCGGAGAUCUGGCGAGUCAAAAAGUUGGACAUGAUCCCUUUCCUGGGAACGGUCAUUGCCGGUGUCUUCCUCGGCCUGGACUACGGCAUCCUGAUCGGAAUUGCCCUCAACUGUUGCUUUUUGUUGCAUCUCAUGUCGGCCCCCAAGAUCGAUCUACAGUUGUCACUGGUGGACGACAUUCGAGUUCUGGUGGUGCGACCCGCCAUGGACUUGACUUUUUCCUCAGCAGAAUACUUACGGGAUCGCGUCGUACAGGCGGUUGUUAACGAUUACGAGAAUCCAGUGGAUCUGGUAGUUUUGGAUGGUAGCAGGGUGAACUUCGUGGACACAACCGUGGUGAAAAACCUAGCCAGCACGGAGAAUGAUCUACGCUCAAGGCAUGUUGGAUUGGCGCUGUGGAGAUGGCGCAGGAGCACUGCUGGCGGGCUGGUGCGCCUCAGGGAUGGAUUUCGAGCACUACUAGUCAACGCAGGGGAUUUGGAUGCAGUAGUGCAACAGUGGAAGGCAUCAGCGGAGGGGUAUCUCAAAGAAGCCACGGAGUAAUAAACGAUGGAAUAGGUCAAUAUUUACGAG